AUGGCGCUGAGGCGGCGGCUGCGGCUCGGGCCCCGCGCCCCGCUCCCCGCCGCCUUCCUGCUGCUGCUGCUGCUGCUGCUGCGGGGCUGCCUCGUCGGGGCUGUGAAUCUCAAGUCCAGCAACCGGAACCCGGUGGUGCAGGAAUUUGAAAGUGUGGACCUGUCCUGCAUCAUCACGGACUCACAGACAACCGACCCCAGGAUUGAGUGGAAGAAAAUUCAAGACGACCAAACCACAUACGUGUUUUUUGACAACAAAAUUCAGGGAGAUCUGGCGGGGCGUGCGGAGCUGCUGGGGAGAACCUCGCUCCGGAUCUGGAAUGUGACGCGCAAGGACUCGGCCUUGUACCGCUGCGAGGUGGUGGCGCGCAACGACCGCAAGGAGAUAGAUGAGAUGGUCAUCGAGCUCCUGGUGCAAGUGAAGCCGGUCACCCCUGUGUGCCGAGUCCCCAAGGCCGUGCCCGUGGGCAAGGCAGCCACGCUGCACUGCCAGGAGGGCGAGGGCUACCCCCGGCCCCACUACAGCUGGUAUCGCAACAACCUGCCCCUGCCCACCGACUCCCGGGCCAACCCCCGCUUCCGCAACUCCUCCUUCCUCCUGAACCCCGAGACCGGCACGCUGGUGUUCAGCUCUGUGCACAAGGACGACUCGGGCCAGUACUACUGCAUCGCCUCCAACGACGCGGGCUCCGCCAGGUGCGACGAGCAGGACAUGGAAGUCUAUGACCUGAACAUCGGCGGCAUCAUCGGGGGCGUGCUGGUGGUCCUGGCUGUCCUGGCCCUCAUAACUGUGGGCAUCUGCUGCGCAUACAGGCGCGGCUAUUUCAUCCACAGCCAGCAGAGCACUGACAGUUACAAGGGCCCAGGGCGGCCGGACGGGGUGAACUACAUCAGGACAGACGAGGAGGGUGCCUUCCGACACAAGUCGUCCUUCGUCAUCUGAGAGAUGGCAGCAGUGCACCUGGACACCUCUUCUGCAGCCCUGCUGGCCCGGCAGGUGCCCUUGGACGUGCUGAUGUCAGCGCAUGCAGCAGUGUUUUGUUUGGCCAAAGUUGACUGCGCCUCUUUUCUGACUCCCUAACAAGCCACGCGAGUAAAGAAUUUUCCUCAAGAUGGGACAGUCUCCACCAGGAAGACGGCCUGACCUCUGGGGACUGGUUCCAGGCUGUGUGGCUGCCUCGCGCUUGGGAGCUGGGGUUCAUCCAGUGUUGGACCCCACAACUGCCACCACGCUCAGGGACAGAGAAUUGGCUCUGCCAUGGCUGUCCCUCCGCCGGCAGGUGCUGUGCCUUCUCCCAGGUCAGCCGGGAGGCUGUCGUAAAGGCAGCCCAACCCUGGGAGCGCAUGCCUGCUGGCGGGGGAUGGGGGUGGGAGGGUCUCCCGGAGGGCCCUGCCUGCCCUGGGGUUCGAGUGAGAAGAGCUUCACCUCAGCCUAACUUUGAAAUGGUACUGAACAAAGUCCCGCUUUUUCCAAUGGGUGUUUUAUAACCUUUUACAUUCUAAAUUUUUGCUAAAGAUGUAUUUUGAUUACUGAAAUUUUCUAUUUAAACUGUA